AUGGCGUCUUCUGUGGGCAACGUGGCCGACAGCACAGAACCAACGAAACGUAUGCUUUCCUUCCAAGGGUUAGCUGAGUUGGCACAUCGAGAAUAUCAGACAGGAGAUUUUGAGGCAGCUGAGAGACACUGCAUGCAGCUGUGGAGACAAGAGCCAGACAAUACUGGAGUACUUUUAUUACUUUCAUCUCUACACUUCCAGUGUCGAAGGCUGGACGGAUCUGCCCACUUUAGUACUCUGGCAAUUAAACAGAACCCUCUUCUGGCAGAAGCCUAUUCGAAUUUGGGGAAUGUGUACAAGGAAAGAGGGCAGUUGCAGGAAGCAAUUGAGCAUUACCGGCAUGCAUUGCAUCUCAAACCAGAUUUCAUCGAUGGUUAUAUUAACCUGGCAGCCGCUUUGGUAGCAGCAGGCGACAUGGAAGGGGCAGUACAAGCUUACGUCUCUGCUCUUCAGUGCAAUCCUGAUUUGUACUGUGUUCGCAGUGACCUGGGGAACCUGCUGAAAGCCCUGGGUCGCUUGGAAGGAGCCAAGGCAUGUUAUUUGAAAGCAAUGGAGACGCAACCGAACUUUGCAGUAGCUUGGAGUAAUCGUGGCUGUGUUUUCAAUGCACAAGGGGAGAUUUGGCUUGCAAUUCAUCACUUUGAAAAGGCUGUCACCCUUGACCCCAGUUUUCUGGAUGCUUAUAUCAAUUUAGGAAACGUCUUGCAAGAGGCACGGAUUUUUGACAGAGCUGUGGCAGCUUACCUUUGUGCCCUAAGCUUGAACCCAAAUCGUGCAGUGGUACAUGCCAACCUGGCUUGUGUAUACUAUGAGCAAGGCCUGAUCAAUCUGGCAAUAGACACCUACAGGCGAGCUAUUGAAUUGCAACCACAUUUCCCUGAUGCUUACUGCAACCUAGCCAACGCUCUGGAAGAGAAGGGCAGUGUUGCCGAAGCAGAAGAUUGUUAUAAUACAGCUCUGCGGCUGUGUCCCACCCAUGCAGACUCUCUGAAUAACCUAGCCAAUAUCAAAGGAGACCAGGGAAACAUUGAAGAGGCAGUUCGCUUGUAUUGUAAAGCAUUAGAAGUCUUCCCAGAGUUUGCUGUUGCCCAUUCAAAUUUAGCAAGUGUAUUGCAGCAGCAGGGAAAACUGCAGGAAGCUGUGAUGCAUUAUAAGGAGGCUGUUCGAAUCAGUCCUACCUUUGCUGAUGCCUACUGUAACAUGGGAAACACUCUAAAGGAGAUGCAGGAUGUUCAGGGAGCCUUGCAGUGUUAUACUCGUGCCAUUCAGAUUAACCCUGCCCUUGCGGAUGCCCACAGCAAUCUGGCUUCCAUUCACAAGUAUUCAGGGAAUAUUCCAGAAGCAAUUGCUUCUUAUCGCACUGCUCUGAAGCUUGAACCUGAUUUUCCUGACGCUUAUUGUGAUUUGGCUCAUUGCCUGCAGAUUGUCUGUGAUUGGACAGACUAUGAUGAGCGAAUGAAGAAGUUGGUCAGCAUUGUGGCUGACCAGCUGGAGAAGAAUAGGUUGCCUUCUGUGCAGCCUCAUCAUAGUAUGCUCUAUCCUCUUUCUCAUGGCUUCAGGAAGGCUAUUGCUGAGAGCCACGGGAACCUCUGCUUGGAUGAGAUCAGUGUCCUUCACAAACCACCGUACGAACAUCCAAAAGACUUGAAGCUCAGUGAUGGUCGACUGCGUGUAGGAUACGUGAGUUCUGACUUUGGGAAUCAUCCUACUUCUCAUCUUAUGCAGUCUAUUCCAGUCAUGCACAAUCCUGAUAAAUUUGAGGUAUUCUGUUAUGCCCUGAGCCCAGAUGAUGGCACAAACUUCCGAGCGAAGGUGAUGGCAGAAGCCCAUCAUUUCAUUGAUCUUUCUCAGAUUCCAUGCAAUGGGAAAGCAGCUGAUCGCAUCCAUCAAGAUGGUAUACGCAUCCUUGUAAAUAUGAAUGGUUAUACCAGGGGUGCUCGAAAUGAACUCUUUGCUCUCAGGCCAGCUCCUAUUCAGGCAAUGUGGCUGGGCUACCCUGGGACCAGUGGCGUGCUUUUCAUGGAUUAUAUCAUCACUGAUCAGGAAACUUCACCUGCUGAAGUUGCUGAGCAGUAUUCUGAGAAACUGGCUUAUAUGCCCCAUACUUUCUUUAUUGGUGAUCAUGCUAAUAUGUUCCCUCACCUGAAGAAGAAAGCAGUCAUCGAUUUUCAGUCCAAUGGGCACAUUUAUGACAAUCGGAUUGUGCUGAAUGGCAUCGACCUCAAAGCAUUUCUUGAUAGUCUCCCAGAUGUGCAGAUUGUCAAGAUGAAAUGUCCUGAUGGAGGAGACAACGCAGACAGCAGUAAUACAGCUCUUAAUAUGCCUGUCAUUCCUAUGAAUACUAUUGCAGAGGCAGUUAUUGAAAUGAUUAACAGAGGACAAAUUCAGAUAACAAUUAAUGGAUUCAGUCUUAGCAAUGGACUGGCAACUACCCAGAUCAACAUUAAGGCUGCCACUGGAGAGGAGGUUCCCCGUACCAUUAUUGUAACCACACGUUCUCAGUACGGGUUACCGGAAGAUGCCAUUGUGUACUGUAAGUUUAAUCAGUUAUAUAAACUUGACCCAUCUACUUUGCAGAUGUGGGCAAAUAUUCUGAAGCGUGUUCCCAAUAGUGUACUGUGGCUGUUGCGUUUUCCAGCAGUAGGAGAACCUAAUAUUCAACAGUAUGCACAAAAGAUGGGCCUUCCCCAGAAGCGUAUCAUUUUUUCACCUGUUGCUCCUAAAGAGGAACAUGUUCGGAGAGGCCAGCUGGCUGAUGUCUGCUUGGACACUCCACUCUGUAAUGGACACACCACAGGGAUGGAUGUCCUUUGGUCAGGGACACCCGUGGUGACUAUGCCAGGAGAGACUCUUGCUUCCCGAGUUGCAGCUUCCCAGCUCACUUGUUUAGGCUGUCUUGAGCUUAUUGCUCAAAAUAGACAAGAAUAUGAAGACAUAGCUGUGAAACUGGGAACUGAUCUAGAAUACCUGAAGAAACUUCGUGGCAAAGUCUGGAAGCAGAGAACAUCUAGCCCUCUGUUCAACACCAAACAAUACACAAUGGACCUAGAGCGGCUCUAUCUACAGAUGUGGGAGCAUUACGCAGCUGGCAACAAACCUGAUCACAUGAUUAAGCCUGUUGAAGUCACUGAGUCGGCCUAAAUAAUGACUGUGUGCACAGGAGAAUUACCCUGUACCUGAGCCUCAACCUUCUGGGGGAAAGGGAACUACUUUUUCCUUAUCUGUACAAUACCAUGCUGCAGAUGGGUGACAGACAAUGAUAAGAAAUAGCACAGCCAGACUUGCUUCCUGCAUGAUCAUGAUCACAAUAGGGAGAGACACAAGAGAUGGGAAACUGCUGUUCCACAAGGAGUCUCCAUAGAAUUUUGCAGCAGCCAGGUGUCUGGAAGGUCUGGAAGUGAGUCCUGUUCUUCCUUUUUCUUUCAGCAGAAAUGAAAUCCCAGCUUAUUCGUUCCCAUGAUGGUCCUGUUGCAGGUCUGUAUAUCCGUGCUCAUUCUAACUUGCCUGGUCCAUUGACUAAACUUAAUGCGACUGCAGAUGUUUUAACUCGAUCUAAACGUGAUCUUUAUCCUGUACAUUUUCCUCCCAAGAAUAGAGUUGAAGUUACUCCUCCUCCUCAAUCUCUUUUCCCUAAAGCAGGACAUGUCCCAAUUUACCGUACUCCUCCUUUCCGUUCGUCAUGCUGUCAAGAAUGGCUAAUGUACUGCAUUCAUUAUCUUCAUACUCUUGAUACUCAUGGUCCAUGUCCUGGACACCCUCAUAUUAUGGUAAGUUAUGAUCAAACUGCUUCACAAGCAGCACAGCCGUUGCACGCUUUACACCGUCAGUCGGCGGCUACAUUACACACACAAUUUUCCCUUACUGGUGAAGCCGCCCGACAAUUUGUUAAGCAAUGCCCACAAUGCUUACCUCACCUUCCUGUUCCACAUUAUGUUGUUAAUCCUCGUGGAUUAUUACCUAGACAUUUAUGGCAAAUGGAUGUUACUCAUAUCCCGUCUUUUGGGAAAUUACAGUUUGUUCAUGUCACUAUCGAUACUUAUUCUGGUUUCCUCUGUGCUACAGCACAAACCGGGGAAGCUACUAAACAUGUUAUCACUCAUUUAUUACACUGUUUUGCUUUCAUGAACCUUCCCAAAAUUAUUAAAACAGAUAAUGGGCCCGCUGCUUUUGCAACAUUUUGUAAUUCAUUACAAAAUUACCCAUAUUACAGGCAUUCCAUAUAACCCUCAAGGACAAGGUAUUAUAGAACGUGCAAAUAGAUCUUUAAAGCUAACUAUUGAAAAAAUAAAAAGGGGGGAAUUGUAUAGAACAACGCCACAUAACCUUAUAAAUCAUGCUCUGUUUAUUUUAAAUGUUCUCACUGUUGACAAAUUUGGCUGCUCUGCAGGGGGAAGGUUGGUGGCUGAGCCAAGAUUGGCCUCUCAGUCUCCGGAGGUCCUCUGAAAAGAUCCGUUAACCAGCACUUGGCGUGGUCCUGAUCCUGUGUUGAUUUGGGGACGUGGUCACGUGUGUAUCUUUCCCAGAUCAGCGCCUGGACCUUGCUGGCCUCCUGAGCGGUUAGUCAAGCAAAUAGAUGGCUCGCCACAGCUCACAACUAGUUCAGAAGAUGAAGAAGCUCUGCACCUCUCCGGAAAAUUUGACAGUGUUGAUUCAGAAGGAGAAGAGGAAGAGAAGACCACUUGCCAGGACGACUCAAAGGAGUGAUGUUCCAGCUUGGGGACAAAUUAAACAACUGGUUUCACGAGCUCAAGAGUCAGUGAAACAACAGAAUAAUCCUGUUACACCUGUAACUUUAUUUUUGGCUAUGUUGGCAACCAUUUCAUGUGUUCCCUCUGUUAAUGCAGCAAGUUACUGGGCCUAUGUACCUGAUCCUCCACUAUUACAACCCAUAUCUUGGUCUGAAGCAGAGUUUCCUGUAUUUUACAAUGAUAACUGUUUAUGGGCCUCUUAUUGGGAAUAUAAAACAAACCAAUAUGUCUGUAAAUUAUACUAAGUGGUUUGGUACCCAUCCUGUCUGUCUUAGCCCAUGGAAUCUGGAAACUGGACGUGUAAAGGCUAUUAGUUAUGAGCAUACAGAUGUUUAUGAGGGAACGGAUCAAUCAAUUAGUUUGUCAGGCUCUCCAGGCAUCCUUCGUUUUACAGGAACCAACAUUACUCUUACAUGCCCGGCUACCAGCUGACGAGAGUAUCUUAAGGAUACCAUCAGUUGGUAUAAAAUGGGCAACCUCUUAAUAUUAGAGGUCAAAUCGCAUACGCCUCACCACUUAUGGAUUCCGCUAUUACUAUAGCCAAGGUUACAGGUGAAGAUUCAGGAAAUUAUUUCUGUAUGAAGCAUUUACUUGGAGGACAAGGGAUAUUUAUAGCUGGACAUAAGGUUACUAUUCUUAACAGAAAAUCAAAAAAUCAAUUGCCUCCCCUUAUGACCGUUAACUUUCCUGGAUCCAGUUUUGAACGUUGCAAUGCAUCUUGGAAUAAUAACCAGAUAUGGUGUACUAUAGAUUAUACCAAGGUGCCAAUUCUUAUCUCUUCUAUUCCCAUCAUAGAUAGGUUUAUCACAUUUCAAAAGAACUGGGAUAUAUGGAAACUAGCUCUAACUUAUUCCAAUACACCUGUUAUAACUUGUGUUACUCCUCCAUAUACACGUUUGUGUGGUUCUAUUAACAUUGGUAAUUCUUCCAAAGGAGGAUAUAAUAUUAGCUGUGUUAAUUGUACUUUUAGCAGUUGUAUGUUCCCUUCUGCAGGAACGCAAUCUGUGCUUAUACUAAAGCAACCCAUAUAUGUUAUGGUGCCUGUACAUCUGAGAGAACCUUGGUAUGAAGAUACUGGAGUACAGGCAUGGGUGGAACUCUCUAAAGCCUUGCAGAGAAGGAGACGCUUUCUUGGGUGGCUAAUAGUAAGUUUACUUGCGUCGGCUGCUCUGUCUGCUACUGCGGCUACUGCCGGUCUUGCUCUUUCACAGAGUAUUCAUCAUGCUCACUUUGCUAAUCA